UUCGCCGCUACCACCAUGGCCAGUUCAAUUGACUUGACCAGUGCCGCGAGCUCAAGCUCCGUGGACGAUUGGGGUCCGUCGACGAAGUCAAACUCCGUGGAUCUAACGGCCAUGCCGUCGCCGCUGCGUCGUCGGCAUGAAGUCAUUUCUGUCGGCACUGAUGGCACACCACCGCAACGUGAACCUACGUGGAUUGUAGUACCUUCCGAUUCCGACGAUGACGACAACAACGUCAAGGUCACGAUGGCCCCAACAGCACACGUCAAAGUUUCUGACGCCGCUCCCCGUCCGCGACCUGCCAAACGGACGAAAAACCACUUGGCCACGUCGAAGAAACCACGGACUGCCAUCCCACUCCCGCCCGCCGUGGCCACCAAGUACGUAUGGGACGAUGGCAGGUCGAGGAAGGUGCCGCAAGGCUGGACUUUUCCGGACAUGACGAUCGCAAAGUUGUGGAUGUGCUGGUUCCACGGCAGCCCCGAGGAAGGCAUCGGUCCUUUCCGGGAGCUGACCCAAGACGACUUCGAGUCGACAACGUGCGUGUCGUACGUUCGCUGCUGGGAGGUGGCGUCCGUCGUCAUGAGCGCGUUCCUAACAAUCGCAGUGUCGAACGACCUCAUAGACGAGAACAAAGUCGCCGCUACACCUCCCACGACCCUCGCAAGGCAGUUUCUUGCCGUAUUUGAGCGAAUAUAUCCGGACGAAGACCCCCAGACGAAACUCAUGUCGUCGUGCUUGUCUCCUUCUGAGUGGCCCCAGGACGAUGCCGACGUGGCCACCGCCCCCCUCGUGUUCCCCCGUGGGCUGACGUGUGUAGAGAUGUGGCGCCAAUGGUUUCACGGCACCCCCACGCCCCUCCGACAGCUCCAACCGUCGGACUUUGACUCACCUGAUUGCAAAUCUCACUGGUCCAACGCCAAGCAGUUCAUUGCUCACGUCGCGACUACCGCCAAGUCCCUCGACCUUGUGGCCACCAAGAAAGCAAUCGCCCUUCUGGACAAGAAUGCGUUGGAUCGGGUGAUGGAAGCUGCGUUCACGGUUCUGGCCUCUAAGCAAGAACAUGCACUUACGACCACCCAAAACACCAAACACUCUGUCGUGGACGAAGCGUUGGUGGCGUGGCUCAACAACCAAGCCGCCGCCGCCACGCCACCGCCCCUCACCCGCGGCACCCCGUACCGCCGUCGCAGAUGGGUCAAAGAUGAGGCCACCAAGGCAGUACUACGUGAACUCACCAAAGUGGCAGUGAAGUCCCGCCAUCUUCCCGAGGUUCCAUCCAUCGUAUCUCUUGAGAAGAUGCCCAGUGCCCAACUCUCAACUGUACUGGCCCAAGUGUUGAAAGAGCUUCGCGCCGUGUUCCCCGUAGACGAGCGGCCUUUCAUGCAGCCAGACACGACUGUGACGCGGUUGUGGUCGGUGCUAUUCAACUUGCCGAUGCCCGAAGGAGUAUGUGACAGGGAGAAGGGCAAGACAACCAAAGUCGUGGCCAAGUUUCCGUCGCUGUCUUUGCGAGCCAUGUGGGUGUUGUGGUGGAAGGGCGAUGAAGAUGGAGGAUACCGCCACCGCGAUUGGACAAAGGGGUCGGCUGAGACGCUCAGGAAAACGAAACAUGUCAUGGAAGAGCUCGGGCGGUGUGCGGCCGAGCUCAACGUGUCGGCCGACGAGCUGGACGCGAUGGACCGCGACGCGCUGCAGAAGUUGCUGCAGACGCUUUUUGACAACUUGAAGGGCAGAAUCACGAAUGCGCGCCUUCGGGACAUGAACUUGGACAACACAUGCGAUGCCGUGUAUAAAGGCGUGGUCAACGUGCGCAGAGGACGCCCUCCAAAGCUUGGUAGGUAG